AAUGAAGAUCAAGUUUUGCUGUUUGAUUUUCGUCAUAAUAAUUCAUUGGCUCUACUUUCCAGCUUGAAUCUUCAAAAUCAGUCGCUCGAUACUGGCCUCCAACAUGGCAUCUCUAGACGAGGUAGAGACAGCCCGGUCAGCACCACCCUCAAGAGGCGCAUAUACAUCUGCGGAACUCGAAAGAUUAGGACGAGAAAGACCGCCGGCAUUCAAGACGAUAUGGGUUGAGCUGGGAUUCUGCUUCUCCCUAUUGGGGUCUAUGUUUGUUGUCGAAUACUUCGUUUCAGGAUUCAACGUCCUACUCCCAGCACUUUCCGAAUCCCUUCACAUCCCCUCACAGGCAGAGACAUGGCCAGCAAGUGUGUUUUCACUAGUCACAGGCGCUUUCCUACUUCCAGCAGGACGUCUCGCGGAUAUCUUCGGUGGUUACACUGUGUUCACGGUUGGCAUGGCUUGGUUCGUGGUUUGGUCUUUGAUUGCAGGUUUCAGCCAGAACUACAUUAUGCUCAUCUUCUGUCGAGCACUGCAAGGAUUUGGACCAGCAGCAUUCAUGCCUUCUGGAAUAAUGCUUCUUGGCAGUAUAUACCGCCCUGGUCCCCGAAAGAAUCUCGUUUUCAGCCUUUAUGGAGCAUUUGCCCCAGUCGGGUUCUUUGCGGGGAUCUUCUUCGCCGGUCUUGCCGCCCAAAGCUUGUCCUGGCAAUGGUACUUCUACAUUGGCACUAUCAUGCUCGGCAUUGUCGCCCUAGCCUCCGUCCUCUGCAUACCGCGCCACACCAUUGAAGCUCACAAAAUACCUCCUAAGAUGGAUUGGUGGGGAACCUGCACCAUUGUACCUGGCCUUGUCCUUCUCGUAUACGCAAUUACCGACGGAUCACAUGCACCAAACGGGUGGGCAACACCGUACAUUCCGGUCACAUUUGUGCUAGGUUGGAUCUUUGUGGGGAUUUUCGUGUAUCUUGAGGGCUGGGUUGUUGAACAGCCUCUGUUACCAGGAGAUUUGUUCCACGUCAAAGGCAUGAAGGCGCUCACAGUAGCGCUCUUCCUACAAUAUGGUGUCUUCGGCAUCUUUUUGUUUUAUGCGAGCUUUUACAUUGAAGAAGUACUCCAAGCCAGUCCAUUAUUGACCAGUGCUUGGUUCGCCCCCAUGUGUAUCGGUGGUCUCAUCCUUGUAACCGUCGGUGGCUUUGUCCUACACUUGCUGCCCGGCAGAAUUCUACUUCUAGUCAGUGGCUUAUCCUUCGUCAUCUCCGUCAUGCUCUUCGCCAUCCUUCCGGACAAUCCAAACUACUGGCAAUACAUCUUCCCGGCAAUGAUAUGCGCUACGCUUGGUAUCGACAUCACAUACAAUGUCUCAAACAUCUUUAUCACGACUUCUUUGCCAAAGGCUCGCCAAGGCCUCGCAGGCGCCUUCAUAAAUUCCAUCCUCUUCGUUGGCAUAUCUUUCUUCUUGGGCUUUGCGGACCUGGCAGUGACGAUGACCGCAGAUCGGGGAAAGAAAGAGAGCUACAAAGUUGCUUUCCAAAUGUCGAUUGCUCUUGCAGGUGCAGGGCUCUUGAUUAUGUUUGUAGGAGUGAAAAUUGGGAAAGCAAAGAGCGAGUUGACUGUCGAUGAGAAAGAGGAGUUGGGGAGAGAGUUGACGAGGAGGAAUACUGGCGAUGAUCCCAGCGCGGUGCCAUAAUUCACGAGCUUGGCUAUCUGGAAGGCCUUGUGUGCUCAAUCAAAUUUUGAUAAUGAUUGAAUCACGAUUUCACUACAUCAUUUCGGUUCAACAACCAGGAUCGGUCUAUACUCAUUUUUUACAGCACUAAAUUGCUGCUCAUACCUAUCAGGUUUCUCCAUUGAUAUAGAUAGAUGAGUGCAUAUUACAGAAUUUCUAAUUGUUGGACUGCAC